CAUUUGCCCAGAUCACGUUAGUAUCAAUUAGAGUAAUGUAUUUUAAGAAUGAUGCAAUUCAUUUUUCUGCAUCUCUAUCCUAAAAGACUGAAUUUUAAUUUUGCUUGUUAGAAAUAGUGAAAAUAUUAUUAUUUUGUUAUUCUGAAAAUUGAAAUUUUGAAAAUUUACAAUGCCUGCCACAGAUGAGUCAAUUACAAUAAAAUCUAAUUUAACAACAACAGCUAUCCAAGGAGAAAAAAAUCGGCAAAAAACAAAAGCCCAGUUGAAAGCAGAAAGAAAAGCAGCAUUUGAGGCUCAGCAUGGCAAUUUGCUUUCUGAGAAAAAGGCUGCCACUACAAAAAAGAGUAAGGCAGAAAGAAGAGCAAUUCAGGAAGCUCAAAGAGCUGCAAAACAAACAAACAAGCAAGCAAAUGUUAAAAAUAAAGAUAAAACAGAAAAAUCUCAAGAAAAUCAAGUAAAAACUGAGAACUUGAAUGAAAACAAAGUUAAUAAAGUUGUUGGUGAUGAUAUAACAUCAAAUACAGAAAAAGUUGGAGAAGAAAAAACAAAUAAAUUAGAAAUUGAAACUAUUACUCACUCUGUAGAAAAAAGUAAAACUUUGGAAUUUGAAAAUCAUCAAAAAACUGACUUUAAGAAAGUACGUUUAUUUUCACAUCUCUCUCUUCGUUCUUGGGAUAAUACUAAUACGAAGUUUGUAGGACUUUCAGGAAGUGUCAUUCAUCCAGCUAUUAUAAAAUUAGGCUUAAAAACAAUCUCGGGAACAAUAUCUGGUUCUAAUGGUCGUGCUGUUGCUUUAUUAGCUGCAUUUAAGGAAGUUAUAAAAGAUUAUGUAACUCCACCUCAGAAGGAGUUAUCAAGAGAUCUAGAAUCAAAAAUAAAACAGUAUGUUAAUUUUCUUAAUCAGUGUCGACCACUAUCAGUCAGUAUGGUGAAUACUGUCAAAUUUUUACGUUGGCAGGUAACACAUAUCCCAAAUGAUAUAUCAGAUGCUAAGGCUAAAGAUCAACUAAAUAAAGCAAUUGAUGAUUUUAUUCAUGUAGAAAUUGAACUUGCUCAAGAAGCAAUAUCUGGAUAUGCAUUUGAAAAAAUUUCAGAUGGUGAUGUAAUAAUGACAUAUGCUUGCUCUUCUUUAGUAAAGAAAGUACUGUGUGAUGCUUUCAAAAAAGGGAAGAAGUUUAGAGUAAUAGUAGUGGAUUCAAGACCUAAAUUAGAAGGACAGGCAACGCUUAAACAUCUUAUGGCCCAUGGAAUACCUUGUUCUUACAUUUUUAUUAAUGCCAUUUCUUAUGUUAUGAAAGAGGUAACAUCAGUGAUGUUGGGUGCUCAUUCUUUGCAAGCAAAUGGAUAUGUUAUGUCUAGAAUUGGUAGUUCCCAGAUUUCAUUAGUAGCUCAUGCCUAUAAUGUACCUGUUUUAGUUUGUUGCGAAACAUACAAAUUCUGUGAGAGAGUACAUACUGAUGCCUUUGUUCAUAAUGAAUUAGGUGAUCCAAAUGACCUGACAAAAAUCAUAUCUUCAAAGAAUAAGGAAUGUUUAACAGAAUGGAAGGAUAUACCUUCAUUACAUCUUUUAAAUUUAUUAUACGAUGUCACUCCACCUGAUCUAGUUGCUAUGGUAAUUACAGAAAAAGAUAAAUUACCAUGCACUUCAGUUCCAGUAGUGUUGAGAGUUAAAUAUGCUGGAAUUCUAGAUUCUUAAAAUGAAUGCUGUAUAAAAUUGUAUGCUUUUCUUUCUUAAAAGUAUUGUAACUAAAAAUCUAAUCUAAUUGUUUUUCACCUA